CACAGAUAUCCGUGAUUGUCUCUGAACUCUCGCGCUCUCUCAGUACAUCUGACCUGUAUGCUUGUACCUGUGCCGCCACCACUUUAGCUACAUUUGGGAUUUAUUCUCCCCUCCUGGAGUUGCUCACGCGGCUCUUCGACUCCCUGGUGUCUCCCUCCCCAGGCCUGCUGCAAUUCUGGACUAUGCCCCCCUCAGUCAGCUGAGGGAGGGGGCUCUUACACUGCUCAGGCUCCCAUCCGGAGAAGGCUUGGGCUGAAAUCAAAGAGGAGGUGAUCGGGUUAUUCCUGAAGAUGCAAGCUUCAACCAUCUCACCAGUGACCAACACUACCGUAACUUCGAACACAACCGCUGUCACCAAGUCCAAAGAACAAAUACUCAUUCAAAGUUCUGGGGCUAUGAUUGCUGUCAUUGUCAUUGGCAUUAUUAUCAUUCUCGCCAUUUUACUCAUCAUCCUGAAGACGUACAACAGGCGGACACGUGAAUCCAGACUCCUGGGAACCAGUAGAAGUUCAAAACCUCGUCCGAAGAUGUCCCAAUCUACAGUUCAAAGCAACUUUCCGCUUACGACCGUGGGAAUCAGCUCUGUGUCAGGGAGCAUCACCAACUCAAACCCAGCCUCAGAGAGCAGCUUCCGGCUGCCCAGAGCAGAGCUCACCAGUGCGGAGGGGAAUCAAGUUGAGCAGUUCAGCACCAACAGCGGGUCCACCGUGGUCACCAUACAUGAAAAUCCAUCAAUAGAAAACACAUAGCACCAAGACUGCGGUUUAGUCUCAAAACAGGCACUGACUGAUGUGUUGUUACAUAUUGUGCUGACUGAAUGCUGUGGAAACUCAAUCUGUGACCUUGUCACUGUUAAAUCUCCAACAACUGGGCCACUGGUAGAGACUACAAGGAUAUCAUGAGGUCUUUUGGGUGUACAAUUCAAAGAUGAUCAAAGCAGCACUGGAAAAAGACACAAGGGAAAUGAAGGAUCUGAAAACGGAAAUUUCCUUUUGAAGAACUUUGGCUAAACUCAGUGUUCAGAGAAUAGUCAUUGCUGUUUGUGCUCUUUGCUGAUGUUGCAUUACUGCUAAUGAAGUAAUGUGUAAUGUGGACAGCUAUGGGCCUAUGGCUGGAUAAUGCUGGUCCAGUGAUGCAAAUUUAUGUUUUCAAGAGGUUUUUGAGUAAACAUAGAAUUCAUCUAAUUGAAGGCAUGGAAAAUGAUAACUCUUUUUGUAGUUGUGUAAUGGACACCCUUUAUGACUGAGAAAAUGUGUUAAUGUUCCAGAUUUAUUUUGAGUUCUAUUAACUUUACAUCAUUCUGUACUUGUGAGCAGUCGCACAUUCACUCUGAUUAUUUUGUGUUUUUAAAAAUCUCUAAAAUAUCAUUACGUCCUUUUUUCGUUCUUUCUUUCUUUUCUUUUUUUUACCACGCAGAAUGAAGAGAC